UGAUUUCCUGCUGCUGGUGUUCAGAGUGGCAAAGGUUUGUUACUGGUACCUGCAGCCAAAACAACGUCUCCCCCCAAGAGCAGAGAAGGAAAUGAGUGGGAAGCAGGGCCCAGCGCCCAAAGCAGGAAGAGCCAAGGGGAGUUGCGAGCAGCCAUGUGAGAAGGGAGGCUACGAAAUGCCUGAGCCUGAAGCCAGAGAGACGGAAAAAAGCCACUGGCAGCCACAUGAGACGGAGCCACGCAGGGACCAGGGGGGUCGUCACAAAAUACAUGAGCCUAAACCUAGAGAAAAUUCCAGAAGCCACCAUCAACGAGGUGAACCGGAGCUGCAAGGGGAUGAAAGCUGGAGCUAUGAACCAUGUGAGCCUGAACCGAGGGAGGCAGAGACACGCCGCCAUCAGCCACGUGAGUCUGAGCCACGAGGGGAUGAGAGAAGCUGCUGUGAGCCAUUUGAGUAUGAACCUAAGCCAUCUGAGCAUCCACAUGAACCGGAGCCACGAGGGGCUGAAAGCUGGUGCUAUGAACCACAUGAGCCUGAACCAAUGGAGGAAGAGAGAUACCGCCAUCAGCCACGUGAGCCUAAGCCACAAGGGGAUGAGAGACGCUGCCAUGAAAUACGUGUAUCUGAAGAGAGAGAGAAUGACAGAAGGCACCAUCAGCCACGUGAAUCUGAACCACAAGGGGCUGAGAGGAGCUGGGCUGGAGCAUGUGAGCCUGAAGCAAGAGAGGAAGAGAGACACCACCCUCAGCCACGACAGCCUGAGAUACAAAAGGAUGAGUGGCGCCACUAUGGGAUACGUGACCACGAGAGACGGGAGGUAGACAGGAGGCAGCAGCAUCUGCAUGAUCCUGAAUGGCGAGGUGAUGACAGAAGCUCCCAUCAGCCACGUGAGCCUGAGCCACAAGGUUAUGAGAGGAGACGCUCUGAGCAAGAACCAAUCGAGGGUGGUAAGAGUCACUACUGGCCCAGAGAACAGAAACCACGAGGUGGUGCGAAGACCCACUAUCAGCCAAGUAGACCUGAGCAGCGAAGGGAUGAGAGGCAUGGUUAUGAAAGGUGUGAUCGAGAAGCUAGGAGGGAAGAAAGCCGUCAUCAGCCACGUGAGCCUGAACUACGAGGGGCUGAGAGACACCACUACGAAACAGACGCUGCUGAACUGAGAGAGAACGACGGAACUUCCCAUCAGUCCCAUGAAACUCAACCACGAGAGGAUGAGACACGCCUCUAUGACAGACACAUAUUGCAACGUAGAAACCGUGACGAACACUGUCCCCAGCGACGGGAAUCUGGAACACGAGAAGACAAAAUGAGUCAUUCGGAAAGACAUGCACCUAAAUCACAAGGGGCAAAGAGGCGCCACCAUCAACCAAAUUCCCCAGAACACCAAGGGGAUGACAGAUAUUCUCAUGAAAGAUGUGAGACUGAGUACAGAAGGAAUGACAAACGACACAAUCAACCAGGGCAGCCUAAGCUGCGAAGGGAUGAGAGAAGUCACUAUCAGUCAUGGGAACCUGAACUGAGAGUGGAUAAGUGGAGUUGCCGUCAGCCACGUGAGCCUGAACCCAGAGAGGAUGACAAGAGCCACCGUCAGCCUUGUGACCCUGAACCUAGAGAGGGAGAGAGGAGCUGCCAUCAGCCACGUCCCAGAGAGGACAAGAGGAGCCUCCAUCUGCCACAUGAGCCUGAAUCCAGAGAGGAUGGUAGUAGCCCACGGCAGCCAUGGCAGCCUGAACCCAGAGAGGAUGACAAGAGCCACCAUCAGCCUUGUGACCCUGAACCUAGAGAGGGAGAGAGGAGCUGCCAUCAGCCACGUCCCAGAGAGGACAAGAGGAGCCUCCAUCUGCCACGUGAGCCGGAAUCCAGAGAGGAUGGUAGUAGCCCACGGCAGCCAUGGCAGCCUGAACCCAGAGAGGAUGACAAGAGCCACCAUCAGCCUUGUGACCCUGAACCUAGAGAGGGAGAGAGGAGCUGCCAUCAGCCACGUCUCAGAGAGGACAAGAGGAGCCUCCAUCUGCCACGUGAGCCGGAAUCCAGAGAGGAUGGUAGUAGCCCACGGCAGCCAUGGCAGCCUGAACCCAGAGAGGAUGACAAGAGCCACCGUCAGCCUUGUGACCCUGAACCUAGAGAGGGUGAGAGGAGCUGCCGUCAGACACAUCCCAGAAAGGACAAGAGGAGCCUCCAUCUGCCACGUGAGCCUGAAUCCAGAGAGGAAGAGAGGCGCCACCAGCCAAGUGAGUUUGAACCUAGAGAGGCUGAGCAGAGCCUCCAUCAGCCACAUGAGCUGGAACCCAAAGGGGAAGAAAGGAGCCACCGUCAGCCACAUGAGCCUGAACCUAGAGAGGAAGAGCAGAGCCUCCAUCAGCCACGGGAACCUGAACCCAGAGGGGAAGAGAGGAGCCACCGUCAGCCACAUGAGCCAGAAACAACCGAGAAAGAGAGGAGCCUCCAUAAGCCACACGAGCCUGAACUCAGAGAAGAGCGGAGCUACCGACAGCCUCUUGACCCUGAACCUAGGGAGGAAGAGCAGAGCCUCCAUCGGCCACAUGAGCCUGAACUCAGAGGGGAAGAGAGGCGCCACCGGCCACGUGACUUUGAACAUAGAGAGGAUGAGCAGAGCCUCCAUCAGCCACGUGAGCCGGAACCCAGAGGGGAAGAGAAGAGCCUCCAUCAGCCAGACCCUGAACCUAGAAAGGACGAGCAGAGCCACCAUCAGCCACUUGACCCUGAACCUAGAAAGGACGAGCAGAGCCACCAUCAGCCACUUGACCCUGAACCUAGAAAGGACGAGCAGAGCCACCAUCAGCCACUUGACCCUGAACCUAGAAAGGACGAGCAGAGCCACCAUCAGCCACUUGACCCUGAACCUAGAAAGGACGAGCAGAGCCACCAUCAGCCACUUGACCCUGAACCUAGAAAGGACGAGCAGAGCUUCCAUCAGCCACAUGAGCUGGAACCUAAGGAGGGAGAGAGAAGUCACCAGCAGCCAAAUAAGCCUGAACCCAGAGAGGAAGAGAGCAGCCACCGUCAGCCACGUGAGCCUGAACCUCGAGAGGAACAGAGGCGCUGCCAUCAGCCACCUGAGCCUGAAGCUGGGGUGGAAGAGGUGAGCCAGCAGCAGCCAGGGAGUCAUGAGCCAGAGCAGGAGAAGGGGCAUUUGCCUCUGUGGAGGGAGCCUGAAGCGCGGGAGGAUGUGGGGACCCAGCGUGAUGCUGACGCCCCAGGGGACUACACGAGAUGCCCUGCCAUGCCCAAGCCUUCACCCACUGGAGAGGUGGGCAUCCCACUUCAGCCUUGGGACGGCUCCCUCUAG